UAGAAAUAUCGAGAGAUCUUUGCAGAUGCAAAUUUGUGAGGUGUUAGAAGGAAUUUUUAUUCAAACUUCUACUAGGUACCUAGAUUUACCCUGGGAAAAUGCGUAUCAGAAUGAGUGGUCUACAAGACUUUGGUGUGAUCCCUGGAUUCCAAAUUCAACUACGAGUUUGCCAAUGACCGGAAGUGAAGUGACAAGAAGAUUGACUUAUUGGGUUGGUGAUCUUUUGGAGGAUGAAGGAAGAACGUGGAAUGAUGAAUUUCUAGCUGAUUUCUACGAAACGGAUAGGAUCAACAUUAAGAAGAUCAAUUCUCUGAAUCCAACAUUAAUAGAUAGAUGGACUUGGGUUUUUUAUGAA